GUCACCCCUUUCUCGAUUGUAUCUAUCUCCUCUUCCACCUCCACAACAGAAGCACAUUGCCUGCCAACCCUCUCCAUUUAAAAAGAAAAAAAUCCCACCUUUUGAAAUCCAAAAUUCACAUCGCUUUCUGGGUGGGUUGUUCUUUGUGGAACUACAUAUAUACUUCCAAACAAGUCCAAUCACGAGAUGAAUUCACUCAAUCGCAUGUGAAUUUGCAGUCCCAGUGCAUCAGAUAAGAAGAAGAGAUGCUCAUCUUGCAUAACUCUCAUCCAUGGAUGCCCGCAAAAAUUCAACAUCUUUCAAAGAUUUCUCGUUCCAAGAGAGAAUCAAUCCCAUUCCCAUGCAGCUGGAUCCAUUCUUCAACCUUACGUGCAAAUACCAUGUUCAAGAUUUAUCGAGAGAAACCAAAAUUCAAUAGAAUAAAGGCAUCAAAUAAGAUGGAUUCUGAGAUGAAAGAUCCAGAGUCACGGUUUUUGAAAGUGAAAUUACCAAAUUACCCUCAGAUGAGUUAAUUAAUUCUGCAGGUGCAUCAGACGAAGAUCAUCAUGGCGGCCCUUGCGUCUUGCUUAAUUGUCAGAUUAAUACAAGAACAUCAUGGGAAAAUGGUCGUUGUUGGUUUACGAUAUAUAUUCUCGCAUGUCGUUCAAUCGUUUGUGGCUACGAGUUUGCCGUUUGCUUGCAUCUCUAAUUCUCUGGAUAAACCGACUCCUUUGCAAUUGGAUGUAUCUCUUCCCUCAUUGCAUGACAUCAAAUGGAACUUUUCACGUCUCAUGUAUUUAUUCAACAUUCAACUCGAAAGAAACAUUUCUGUGUUCUUGAUUGUUCUUCUUGGAGCUUGCUUCUCAUUUGUCUUUAUUGGUGGUUUACUAUUUUAUAAGUACAGGCGUAAUACGCAGUCAUUUGAGGACUGUCUUUGGGAGGCAUGGGCAUGUUUGUGCUCUUCGUCAACUCAUCUAAAACAAAGAACUAGGGUUGAACGUGUUAUUGGGUUCGUUCUUGCUAUAUGGGGCAUAUUGUUUUAUUCUCGCCUGUUGGGCACAAUGACAGAACAGUUCAGGCAUAACAUGCAAAAGCUUAGAGAAGGAGUACAAGUUCAAGUUCUAGAGAGUGAUCAUAUAAUUAUUUGUGGAGUUAAUAGUCACCUGACCUUCAUAUUAAAGCAAUUAAACAAGUAUCACGAGUUUUCUGUGCGAUUAGGUACAGCUACCACUAGGAGGCAGAGAAUUCUUCUUUUAUCUGACAUUCCAAGGAAGCAAAUCGACAAAACGGUUGAUCAUAUUGCAAAAGAUCUUCAUCAUAUUGACGUCCUUACAAAGAGUUGCAGUCUAAGUUUAACAAAAUCAUUCCAAAGGGCUGCAGCCAAUAAGGCGCGUGCCAUAAUAAUAUUGCCAACCAAGGGUGAUAGGUAUGGAGUUGAUACAGACGCGUUCCUAUCGGUUCUUGCGCUUCAACCAAUUGCAGACAUGGAAUCUGUUCCAGCAAUCGUUGAGGUUUCAAGCUCUAAUACAUGUGAGCUCUUGAAGUCGAUCUCAGGAUUAAAAGUACGGCCUGUGGAAAAUGUGACAUCAAAGUUAUUUGUUCAAUGCUCUCGGCAAAAGGGGCUCGUAAAGAUUUAUAGACAUCUGCUUAAUUACCAAAAAAACGUAUUCAAUGUUUGCAGUUUUCCUCAUCUAGCAGGACUGAAGUAUGGGCAACUAAGAAUUGGAUUUCAAGAGGCUGUUGUUUGUGGUCUUUUUAGGAAAGGGAAGGUAAAUUUUCAUCCAAUGGACAACGAAAUUCUCGAGGAAGAUGACAAAGUAGUAUUCAUUGGUCCUGUUAACGGGAAGAAGAAAACACAGAUUUCAUAUUUUAGUUCUAUUAAAGAAGGAGAACUCGACACUCAUAAUCUUCAAGUUUUAAAAGAGAUUGGUGAAGAAGCUCCACAUAACGCUCUUCAGAUGGCAAAAUCACGGUUGGAUAAAAUUGUCAAACGUCCAGCAAAACAAGAUUCAAAGGGAUCAGACUCAAGUGUGGGGCCAAAAGAAUGCAUAUUAUUACUUGGGUGGCGCUCAGAUGUUGUCGAAAUGGUUGAGGAAUAUGAUAAUUACCUAGGGCCUGGAAGUGUAGUGGAGAUUUUGUCAGAUGUACCAAUUGAGGAAAGAGAACGAACAUACAAGUUUUCUGGCUGUCGUAAGUUGAAAAAUGUCAAAGUCAUCCACAAGGUUGGAAACCCAAGGAAUUAUGAUAACCUAAAAGAGACCAUUGAACAUACUCAGAAGUCACAUAAGAAAGGAGAAGAGGUUCCAUUCUCUGUAGUUGUAGUAUCGGACAGAGAGUGGCUGCUUGAAGAUCCGUUAGGGGCCGAUAAGCAGUCUGCUUUUUCUCUCCUCCUUGCAGAAAGCAUUUGUGAGAAGCUCGAUGUGAAGGUUCAAAAUCUGGUUGCAGAAAUUGUCGACUCAAAAUUGGGAAAACAGAUUACAAGAAUCAAGCCAGCACUAACUUACAUAGCAGCAGAAGAAAUAAUGAGCCUCGUGACAGCUCAAGUGGCUGAAAACAGUGAAUUGAAUGCCGUUUGGAAAGACAUAUUGGAUGCAGAUGGAGACGAAAUUUAUGUGAAGGACAUUGGACUGUACAUGAAGGACGAUGAGCAUUUGUCGUUUUACGAGCUUUCUGAAAGAGCACGUUUGAGGAGAGAAGUCGCCAUUGGUUAUGUGAAAAACAACAAGAAGGUUAUCAACCCGAUUCCCAAGUCGGAGCCUCUGAGUCUUGAAGUCACUGAUUCUUUGAUAGUUAUAUCAGAGCUUGAAGGGGAACAACCUAUCCUCUUGUAAAUGUCUUUUUUUUGGUUCUUGCAUGGUGGCUACCAUUAAUUGAAUUUUGAGUUAGAAACCAAAGUGGUAACUUUUCUAUAAUUCACUCACAUUUAUGGGGGAUGUAUUAUGCAUACUGGGUUGAUGGCCCUUCCCAUGUAGCUUUUAGCUUAAAAGAAAGAAAAUGUAAAUCAAGUGUUAACCUUUUCUAUAUUGAUUGAAGCUGCAACACUCUAUGCAA